GAAAGUCGGUUCGCAGCCGUGUGAGUGCUGGGUGCUGGUUGCUGGAGCUUCAGUGAGUCAGUAGUGAGUCAGUGCGCUGGUGCAGGAGUCGUGGUGAUGUCGGGGAUGGAAGUAGCUCCGCUCAGGCCGUGGGAUGAUUUCUUCCCCGGGGCCGAGCGCUUCUCCCGGCCGGACCUGCAGGACCUCAGCAAGUGGAACAACCGGGUCAUCAGCAACCUGCUGUACUACCAGACCAACUACCUGACCGUGGCCGUGCUGGUGUUCAUCAUAGUGGGGUUUAUGAAUCCUCUGGGGAUGUUCCUCGGUGGAGCGGUGGUCACCCUGGUGUUCAUGGGCGCAGUCUGGGCUGGAGAGAACAUGGCUGUGAUCAAGAACUUUAAGAAGAAGAAUCCCACCCUGUUUAUUUUCGCUGUGAUGGGAACCAGCUACUUCCUGCUGUCGCUGUGUGGAGGGGUGAUGGUGUUUAUCUUCGGCAUCACCUUCCCCUUACUCUUGAUCCUGGUGCACGCCUCGCUGCGGCUGCGCAGCAUGAAGAACAAGCUGGAGAAUAAGAUCGAGGGCGCGGGACUGAAGAAGACGCCCAUGGGGGUCAUCCUGGAUCUGCUGGACCAGCAGGAGGAGAAAAUCAACAAGAUCCAGGAUUUUAUUGAGAGCAAGCUGAAGGACUGAGCAUGAUCCCAUGACCAAUCAAUCUCACCAUCACCGACCCCAAAGCUCAAAGCUCGGACCCUCACCGGGGUCACGCCCACUCUGACCCGCUCAAUAAGCCCCUCCUGCCCGAGUUCUACUGCUUAUCCUGUUUCACAAUCGCUUCUGUAAAAAGGAACGAGCUUCCAGAUCUCCCAGCUUAGACCAUGUGAGGUUUCUGUACACUAUACUGUGUAUCUAAAUAUACAUACAUAUAUCUAUAUAUUUUAGCAUGUCUCGCUUCCCUUUGCUUAUGCACCUUUGAUAUAUAUAUAUAUAUAUAUAUAUAUAUAUAUAUAUAUAUAUAUAUAUAUAUAUAUAUAUAUAUAUAUAAAUGUAGUAAUUAUCUUUAUUUUUGCACUUAUAAUAAAUAUAUAAUGGUUUUGAAUGUAAAUGGAUUGAAGAGUGUUUAAACAAUAUAUUAUAAGCAAACAAUCAAUUAGCAAUGAGAUGAGAUAGUUUUGCUAUGAGGACAGCAAAGCAAAGCGUUUUGUAACUUUGUAUCGAGAGUUCUGAUUGGUUGAAUCAAUUAAAGGAAGGAUCGCACUUUAGAAAGCUACAUAUGUUCUGUUAUAUAUUAUUAUUGUUAUUAUUUUAUAGCUUAUAAAAUCAGUGUAGCUUAUAGUCACAUUACAUAUUUUUUGUUUUUCUUCAGUAUCUGUAGCAAACGUUACGUUAAAAUUAAUAAUGAUAAUAAUGAUUAUAAUGAUAAUAAUAAUAGUGCUGCACAUUUUACAGUGCAUGUUGAAGUGCAUUGAUAAACGUGGCAUGUUAAACAUGAUUGAUAUUGGAUUAAAUCAGUCUGUACUCAUUUAUUUAAGUGAAUAAAAGUCCAGAGUGCUACCUCAAAUAACCAUCAACACAAUUCCUACAGAACAGCAGCAUCUAAAAAGCCAAAUCCGUGAUGUUAUGUUAUGUAAUGUUGCGUACACUGCAAAAAAAAUCUGUUACAGUACGAGUCAAAAGUUUGGACACCCUCUCAUUCAAUGUUUUUUUUCCUAUUUUUAAUUCUUUAUUUAUGUUGUAGAUCAAAGAUAUUGAAGACAUCAGAACUGUGAAAGAAUUUUAUCUUUUCUUUUGUGUUUCUGUUAGAUUUCAUAGUGAUGUAGGGCUGGGCAAAAAAAUCCCAAAAUAAUAUCACAGUAUUUUUGGAAUAUUUCUGUGAUAAUUAUAUUGGCAAAAUUAAUAUAUAUUUAAUUUACUAACAGUUUUUUGUAUAUUUUUUUUAAACCUUCAUUAAAAACAAAAUCAAUCAAACACCAAUAAAAACUGAUGCUUUUGAAAUACUUUUUUUUAUGUUAUUAUCAAGGCUCCAGACUAACACCGUCCCACCGUCCAGGAGCUGAUUAAAACCAGCACACCGGAUGGGAUCAAAGUCCUUAAUUUGCGUGAGAUGACAAUUAUUAAUAAGCAGUGUUUGAGAAAACCUUCAGUAUAUAUCUACAAUGAAUAAAUAAGACUAAUAAAUAAUAAAAUAUAGAUAUAUUGAAUGAGAAGGGGUGUGUACAAACUUUUGACUGCAAGUCAAAUCAUCUUUAAUAAACUGCAAUAAAAUAUCUAGUGUUACUCAUUAAUCAAGAUGGCUAUUUUAUACAGAUAUCAUCUGUUGUCCAAUCAAAAACAAAAAAUAUUUAUAAGUAUUAAUAAUGAGAGGACCAGUAGGAAUACUACCAAAUUUGUUAUUAUAUAGAAUUGAUUUAUUAAAUAUUUUAAAUAUAUUGACCCCAGGAUGCUGGCAUGUUGGCGGACAUUCAGUGAACAUGUAAUUUAGUUAAAUUUUCAAUUUAAACAAUUCAGUUUUUUUUUUCUUCUAUUGCUUAUUUUAUUCACAUCUGUGUGCAGUGAUGGUUUUGGGGAACAUUCAUAAUUCAUUUAUAUCGGAUGUAUGGGAUUGAUCUAUAAAUAUUUUUGUCUUACACACAUAAAUAUAUACAUAAAUAUAUGAAGUGUAUACAUUUGAAUUUUUAUUAUGUUAUAUAUACAGUAUAUUUGGCUCACUUGGUCAGUAUUCCACAAACCAAAGUUAUUAAAUUUGUAAAUCAGAAAACACUUAAUCAGUCACAAACUCAACUCAACAUCAUUAUUAUAUUUAUGUACUAAUGAAAUAUUACAUCUAUGCAUUUUUACGAUCAGGCCUGAUCCAGUUCUGUAGCCGCAGCAGGUUUAUAUUUAUGUGUAUUCUGUUGUUUUUAUGGACGAAUCAGACCAGGACUGUGGUUAUUAAUCCAAAGAGGGACCCUGUACGCACUUUCACCAUUUAAUAAAAGCCGAUUCAAUAAAAGCUUCUUCUGACUGACGGAAA